AUGUCCUAUAUAUUCAUUCAUUAUUUAUUUUUAUUUAUUUUCGAAAAAUUCAUUUUAGGUGAUUGUGAGGAUUUAGUAUCUUAUCGAAAUUUUCUUCGAUUAUUGCUGCCCGACAGGAAUCUCAGAUUUCUCCUGUCUGAAUCGAAUCAGGUGGGAGCGUGGAUUGAUUUGAAUCAGUUGGCAGAUAAUUUACUCAAUGAAAUAUUUAUUUUUAUGGAGAAUUGUUCCAUGCGACCAAGCAAAAUUUCGUUAGAUUUUCGAUUUUUGAAAUUUUUUCUCCUUUUUAUUCUUCUUUCUUUAAGAGCUUUCACCAUUGCCAGUCGGCCUCAUUCCAUGAGAGUACUUAAAGCGUUAUUUCCAGGGAUAGCAUUUGUUCAGUGGUGGAAAAAUUCAAUUUCUUUAGAGCAACUAUCGCUACGAGAUUCCGAUUCUGUGAGAGAGACGUUUUUGUAUCGAUUAAGUUUGAAUAAUUCACUUGGUCUGUUCAAAUAUGUUCUCCUUGUAGGCUCAUACAAUGAUGCUUAUGUACCAUAUCAUUCGGCUCUUAUUCAGCAUUGUAAAGUUGGUUUUCAAUUUUUAAACGGAUUUAACGAAAUUUUUCUUUAA